AAGAUGGCGGAAUUUAAUUUUAUUUUGCGGACAUUGUGUAGCAGAUAUCGGGUUCUUUCCAAGUGUUAAUUAUGUUUAGUAAUUAAGAGAAAAUUUGGUUAAGGAGUGUGGGUUGGUGUCAUUUGAUUUAUGAUAUUACCUACUCCCGCGAUGUGAGCAUCCGUCUUUUAGUCAUGGCAUUAAGAGAACUGAAAGUUUGCUUGCUUGGCGAAACUGGUGUAGGCAAGUCAAGUAUUGUCUGGCGAUUUGUUGAGGACAGCUUUGACCCCAACAUUAAUCCUACAAUAGGAGCCUCUUUUAUGACAAAAACAGUGCAAUACCAGAAUGAGAUGCACAAGUUCUUAAUAUGGGAUACAGCAGGACAAGAAAGGUUUCGAGCCUUAGCACCAAUGUACUAUCGUGGAUCAGCUGCAGCUAUAAUAGUCUAUGACAUCACAAAAGAAGAAACAUUCCAGACAUUAAAGAACUGGGUAAAAGAACUUCGGCAGCAUGGACCUCCAAACAUCGUAGUUGCCAUUGCAGGAAACAAGUGUGACCUUAAUGAUGCAAGGGAGGUUCUUGAAAUAGAUGCCAAAGACUAUGCAGAUUCAAUUCAUGCUGUUUUUGUAGAAACAAGUGCCAAAAAUGCUAUUAACAUCAAUGAGUUGUUUUUAGAAAUUAGUCAUAGAAUUCCAACAGCAGCUACUGUACAGGCUUCAGGCAAGGUUUUAAGCUUAGAAGACAACCAUCUGAGACAAAACAUACUUGCUGUUGACCAAGAUGCUUCAGUUUAGUAAAAGUAUGUUUUGAUGAUUCAAGCAAUUCAGAGUGAAAAGGCACCUUAGCAGCUGAUCCUACGACAUUCCAUCCAUCAACAGCACAUAUCCUUCCAUUUCCUCUUAACUGCGAUCAUUUUGCACUUAAAACUGUGUACCUCUUGAACUCUUGGAACCUUACCAAGAGGCUUUUAUAAUUAUUUAAAAGUUAGCUUUGUUAUAAAGAAGAAAUUAUCUUUGAAUUACAGCUUCCUUAAUUUAUGGAAGCACUUAGAAUUAAUGGAGUAGGCUAAGCAUUUGAGUCAUUAACUGAUAGCCAAGGUUUUGUGGGCUGACUUAACACUUGCCACUAAAAAAGGGACAAAACAGCACUUAGAUUUCUAUAUUAUUAAAAAAAUAAAUAAAAUAAAAAAUUAAAUUGUAAUGGUGAUAAAAGUGAGGUAUAAUUAUUUUUCCAUAUAUUCAUGGACCCGAUAUUUUCAGAUUGGAGGUACAGAUAGACUUGACAGGCUAGACCUACUUGUUUUUUAAUGGUGUACAACAAAUAUGCUUAAUGUGUUUAUUUUUUUAAUUCAAGUCCAACCUCAAAGCCAGCUGCACUUCCUUAGAUUACUAUGAAUCAUCAGAUGGGUAAUGGGAAGCGUUAUCUGGAUUUGGACAUUGUUGGAGUGGCAUGUCUUGUAAACAUUGAAGUAGAACAGGCACAUUCUGCAAGUUUUUCCUGUCACACCAGAGGUGAUAGGAAUGUGGCUGAAGUGCAGCAGUAUUAUUGUACUCGAGGAUAGUUAAUGAAGAUGGGACAAAGCAAGUGGAGUGAAAAUGUAUUUUUUUCUGGCUUUUUACCAAACGUGGUUUUAAUAAGUUUGUGUUGCAGAGGACUGUUGCUUUGUCAAAUGCUUGUAUGCAUAAGGAGCACAAGUCUUUGUCUUACAAAAUAUGAAAGCCUUUGAUGAGAAAGACUUGUGCACUACACCUUGAAAUUUAGUAUUUUCCCUACAAUGUUACACACUUUUUAAAUAAAUUGAUAUUAGCAUAUAGGUUAGUAGUUUUUGUAUUGCCUUAUUCACUGUUUUGACAUAAAACGUGAAGCCCAGAAUUGUAUCAUCCCAUUAAAGCUUAUUUGCACCCUUUGUUUUUAGUGUUAGGAAAUGAUAAGCUAACUAAUUGAUAACUUUAAAAAGCUUAUUGAGUUACAUUUACUUGUUUCUUAAUACGUUAUCAGUUUUAUUUUGAUAAAUACAGGGUCCUUCCCCUAUUUAGUCAUGUCUAAGUAGCAUUUAAAUAUUUUACACAAAUGAACAUGACAUUAGUUUAAGUGAACAUUUCUAUUUUUAACCAAACUGUUUUAAAACACCAACACUUACAGAAGAAAUGUUCCAUAGCAGUGCAGUUCAUGUUGCAUUACAUUUUCUUUCCAGUAAUUCUCCAUGUCUUUCAUUUUUGGGGGACAUUUUGUGUGAAAGUCCUGUUUUAUAUUAGUCACCACAACAUAGUUUUGUUCAUAUUAUCAGGAUGUGCUACUUCUGGGAUGAUGGUUAUGCUAUAAAUGAGCUUGAUAUGUAUGAUUUGGAAAGAAGUCAAAAAACAGCUUAAAAUAAAGGGCACUUUAAUUUUU